AUGUCCAACAAAAAGUGCCAGGACCCGCCCGCGGCGGAAUUACCAUCCGAUAUGGAGCCCGUCGCGUCGCCGCCGAGCUCGCCGACAAUUUCGCCGUCGCUGUUGCCGCGAAUCAACGAGAAGGAGGACGACAUCGCCUGCUCGUCGGACUCUGACGUGUGGUCGCUCGGAUCAGACAGGGACAUCAAUGCUCCCGAGCUUUUCACGAUUUCCUCAGAUUCGUACUUCUCGCAGCACAGAGAAUCAUUUGGCGAGCUGCGGGGACGCGCGUUGGAUACGCCGCUCUCGACAAAGAAAAGUCGACGUGCCAGCGACCUCUCGCUGAAGUCCAACAACGAUUACAGUAACUACACAGAGAGCGAGAACGAGCACACGAAGACGCCGAGCCGGCCUAGCCGCCGUCGAAGCAGCACGCCGCAGAACAAGCGUUCGGGGUCGUCGCGGUCGCGCACCAGAGACGGUGCUCCCGAAUCUGGCUCAGGAUCUGAAAUUUCCCAAACGGCUAAAAUAUUUAAAAACCUGCUCAUACUGGAGGAGUCGCUGCGGCAGCAGAACGUGGAGCAGAAGCUUUUGCGACGGAAGUACUUUUCUUUUUUCAUCAGCAUGAUCGUGGUGCUGUUUUUGAGCGGUUACCGGCUGCUCUCGACGGUCGACUCCAGCUACAUCCGGUUUGCUACGCAAAUUGUAUUCAUUAUCGACGUUGUGACACUGCUGUUGUUCUAUCUAAGCGGAGAGUACCAUCGGACAAUUGUGCGACCACGCAAGUUUGUGGUGAUCACUAACAAGGGCCUGCGACAGCUCAACAUCAGACUGGUGAAGGUGCGAGUCGGGAUGUACGAUGCUCUGCUGGUGGUGCUCAAGUCGUGCUUUCUGAUCCCGAUUCGCGCGCUGAAAAUGCAGACGGUGUACCUCUCGAAAGUGGUGCGAGUGAGCUCGGUCGCAAAGUUCCGCAACUGGCUUGUGGAGCUCGAGAUCAAGCUUGCGACCUCGAACGGCGGCGUCACCGAUGUGAAGGUUGUCUUGAAUCCGCGCGUUUUCAGCACCGACAUCCGCGAGCAGUGGGAAUUGUACAGAAACGAGUUCUGGAACAAGGAGACGAUGCGCCGUCGCAAGAUUAUGGUGCGAGAGCGCAAAGAUCGAUAG